AGGCAGCUCCCCUGCGUCGUCCGUCAGAAACUCAGAAGCAGCAGCAGCAGGAGCAGAGCAGAGGGAGAAGCCGGGAAGAUGGCAGCACCGCGAGCGCGCCUGCCGCUGCUGCUGCUCCUCGUCCCUCUGCUGGACGCCGGCCGCGCCGCCGCGUGGGGCAAGGAGGGCCACAUCAUGGUCUGCAAGAUCGCCGAGAAGUACCUGUCGGCGUCGGCGGCGGCGGCGGUGCAGGAGCUGCUGCCGGAGGCGGCGGGCGGGGAGCUGUCGACCAUGUGCCCGUGGGCGGACCAGAUGCGGUUCCGCUACCACUGGGCCAGCCCGCUCCACUACGCCAACACCCCCAACGUCUGCAACUUCAAGUUCUCCCGGGAUUGCCACAACUCUCGUGGGCAGCAAGGGAUGUGCGUCGUGGGAGCCAUCAACAACUACACGGACCAGCUCUACAGCUACGGAGACCCCAAGAGUUCAUAUAACCUGACGGAGAGCCUGAUGUUCCUGGCCCACUUCGUCGGCGACGUGCACCAGCCGCUGCACGUCGCCUUUGAGAAAGACGAAGGCGGGAACACUAUCAUGGUGCACUGGUACCGGAGGAAAGCCAACCUGCACCAUGUGUGGGAUGUCAGCAUCAUAGACACGGUGAUGAAGAACUUCUAUAACAGGAGCCUGGACACCAUGGUGGAUGCUCUCAAGGGGAACCUGACAAAUGGGUGGUCCGACGAUGUUAGUCACUGGGAAAAUUGCGAGAACAAAAGGGCAACCUGCGCAAAUGACUAUGCAAUUGAGAGCAUACAUUUGUCAUGCAAUUAUGCCUACAAAGAUGUGGAGCAAAAUGUUACUCUAGGAGAUGAUUAUUAUUUCUCCCGGUACCCGGUUGUGGAGAAGCGAUUAGCGCAGGCCGGCAUCAGAUUGGCAUUGAUACUCAACAGGAUAUUUGACAAGGACAAAGCAGAUGUUAUACCAUUACAUGUACAGUAAAAGCUAUAACUACAGCACAAAAAAUACAGGGUGGAAAGCAUUAUAGCUGCCGCAUUGUUUGAUCAAUUUGUCACUUCAAUAAGUUUGCACAUUCUGUAAUAAGAAACACAUCAGCUAUGUAAUUAUUUGUACAGUUGUAAACCCUCUAUUUGUUCGAACAAUACACAAUCCAGAAGUGCAGUACAAAGCAAUGAUUCA